ACCAUCGGAACUAUGACCAGAACGGUACAACGGAAUCAACGGAAUGUUACAUCGGUUGCAUGUGGCAGAUAUAUGUCGAUCGGGUUAUUAAAAUUAAAAUAAAAUGAGCAAUAACGAAGGACCGGCAGUAAAAUGUGGUUACUGUGGCUGGCUCAUGUUCGGGUCUUGUGCAGAGAUUCAAGCUCAUCAAUGUUUUAAAAACUAUGACGAAAAUAUUCAUGUCCUCUCUAUUGACAAGACAGGACGUGCUACAAUAAGAAUCAAGGAUACAAAUGAAAAUAUGCAUAUCGAUGUUCCACCAUCGGAGAGUAACGAAUGUACUAUAUCAGUUGACACCAAGGACGAGAUGCUAAUUGAUGCCGUAGAGCGGAGGCCAGCUCUUUGGAAUUUUAAGUUGCCACAGAAGCGUACCCCCGUUAUAAAACGACUAAAUUGUCACUUGCACCUUGAAGAAGUCUCAUUCUUUGUGUAA